AUGUAUAGUAAUAACAAUAACCAAGAUUGUGUGAACAUUUCGAGCAUGUUUCAGAAUUUCAAUCCCGACAUUUUCUCCCGGCGUUGCGUUUGGGUGAACGGUCCGGUGAUCGUUGGGGCCGGUCCCUCCGGCUUAGGCGUUGCAGCCGGUCUGAAACGACAGGGCGUGCCCUUCAUAAUCCUCGAACGAGCCAACUGCAUUGCCUCUCUCUGGCAAAACAGGACAUAUGAUCGUCUCAAGCUUCAUCUCCCAAAGCAGUUCUGUCAAUUGCCCAACUUUCCCUUCCCUGAAGACUUCCCUGAGUAUCCGACAAAGUAUCAGUUCAUUCAGUACCUUGAGUCCUACGCAACCCAUUUCGACAUUCGCCCAAAGUUCAACGAGACGGUUCAGUCCGCCAAGUACGAUGAGAGGUUCGGGUUGUGGCGGGUAAAGACUGUGUCGGAGACGGGACUUGUCGGUUCUUGCCAGUUCGAGUACAUCUGCAGGUGGCUUGUGGUGGCUACUGGAGAGAACGCGGAGAAAGUGGUGCCUGAGUUCGAGGGUCUGGAAGAUUUCGGCGGUGAAGUCGUUCAUGCUUGUGACUAUAAGUCCGGCGAAAGGUACAGAGGGAAACGAGUUCUUGUCGUCGGAUGUGGAAACUCGGGCAUGGAAGUUUCUCUUGAUCUCUGCAACCACCAUGCAAGCCCAUCGAUGGUUGUUCGUAGCUCGAUUCAUGUGUUGCCGAGAGAAGUUUUGGGGAAAUCAACGUUCGAGUUAGCCAUGAAGAUGAUGAAGUGGAUGCCACUGUGGCUGGUGGACAGGAUUCUUCUGUUUCUUGCGGACAUGAUCCUGGGAAACACCGAGAAAUACGGUCUGAAAAGACCACAGAUCGGACCGAUGGAGCUGAAGAACACUGCAGGGAGAACUCCGGUCCUUGACAUCGGAGCAUUGAAGAAAAUCAGAUCCAAGAAGAUCAAGAUCGUGCCCGGAAUCAAGAAGUUUGGUCCGAGGAUGGUGGAACUCGUCGACGGUCAGAUUCUUGAGAUCGAUUCCGCUGUCCUCGCAACAGGGUACAGAAGCAAUGUACCCAAAUGGCUCACGGAUAACGAUUUCUUCUCGGAGGAUGGGAUCCCGAAGAACCCGUUUCCAAACGGGUGGAAAGGGGAGGCGGGAUUGUAUGCGGUAGGGUUCACGAGAAGAGGGAUCUCAGGCGCGUCGCUCGACGCGAUGAGCGUGGCUCACGACAUUGCCAACAGUUGGAACGAAGAAACUAAGCAGCAGAAGAUAACUGCCGCCGCUCGUCACCGUCGUUGCAUCUCUCACUUCUGA